AUGCUGUACAUAAUUGGUCUGGGUCUUGCAGAUGAGCGAGAUAUUUCCGUCAAAGGCCUGGAAAUCGUCCGCAAGGCCGAGCGUGUAUACUUGGAAGCAUAUACCGCUGUUCUGCUCGUCGAGAAAGACGCAUUGGUGCGAUUAUACACGUCGAGUCGCGAGGAGCAAAAGGCUCACUAUACUGACGAGAUCGCUAUGUAGUAGGAAGCCUACUAUGGGCGCUCAAUCAUCAUAGCCGACCGCGAAAAGGUCGAGUCACAGUCGGAUGAAAUCCUAGCAGAAGCCCAUGAGAAGGACGUCGCCUUUCUGGUCGUGGGCGAUCCAUUCAGUGCUACUACACAUACCGACUUGGCCCUCCGCUGCCGUCAGCACGAGCCUCCGAUUCCCACUCGAACCUUGCCCAAUGCCUCCAUCUUGACCGCGGUCGGUGCAACCGGACUGAGUCUCUACAACUUCGGCCAGACUGUGUCCAUGGUCUUCUUCACGGAGUCCUGGAAACCCGACAGCUUCUACGACCGCAUCGCAGAGAAUGUCAGUCUCGGGCUGCACACCCUAGUGUUGCUCGACAUCAAGGUGAAGGAGCCGAAUUUGCAGGCAUUGGCAAGAGGCAAGAUCGUGUACGAGCCACCACGGUUCAUGUCAGUUGCCCAGUGUGCGAGCCAGAUGAUCGAAAUAGAAGAGACGCGCAAGUCUGAUGUAUGCGGAAAGGAGAAGUUGGCAAUCGGUGUUGCUCGACUGGGAAGCGAGGGAGAGCAGAUUGUAGCUGGCACACUGGAAGAGCUUACGGAGGCUGAUUUGGGUAAGCCUCUACACAGCUUAGUGCUUUGCGGAAACAAGAUGCACGAGAUGGAGUGUGAGUACGCGAGAGAGUUUGCAGUGGAUAAGGAGAAGUUCGACCGGAUAUGGAAGCAGAACUACGCAGCUAGGAGCUGA